AACUUUCUUUAUUUUCUUCGGUUAAGUAUGAGAGAAUUGUUUGCAAGUCCAUGGCCAAUGAAGUUGAGUUGCAAGCAAAAGUGACAACCAAGUGCUUCUUUGAUGUCGAAAUUGGAGGUGAAACUGUUGGUAGAAUUGUGAUGGGUCUUUUUGGGGAAGUUGUUCCAAGAACUGUUGAGAACUUCCGUGCCCUCUACACAGGGAAGAAAGGGUAUGGUUACAAAGGAUGCUCCUUCCAUCGUAUUAUUAAAGAUUUCAUGAUCCAGGGUGGUGAUUUUACUGAAGGAAAUGGAACUGGUGGAAUGAGUAUUUACGGAUCCAAGUUCGAAGAUGAGAGCUUUGCCUUGAAGCAUGUUGGACCUGGACUAGUAAGCAUGGCCAAUGCAGGUCCUAAUGCCAAUGGGAGCCAAUUCUUCAUUUACACAGUAAAGACUCCAUGGCUGGACAAUCGGCAUAUUGUUUUCGGACACGUUAUUGAUGGAAUGGAUGUUGUGCGCAAACUAGAAUCCCAAGACACAAGCAGGUCAGUUACCCCGAAGGUGCCAUGCAGAAUUGUGAAUUGUGGGGAGCUACCGUUAGAAGGCUAACUACCUCCACAAAAACAUGGAAUGCACUCUUUUUCCUCUUCUUCUCUCUAGCAGGAUGAGUUUACCUGAUAAUAUGUAAUUUCUGAGAGAAAUUUGGAUGAUAUUCUUUAAGCUCUCGACAUGGUUGUGCUGUUCUUAUCAAUUUUAGGUCAAUACAAGCCUGCAGAUUUUAUCAAAGCCUCGUAAUGGAACAUCUGAUCUUAC